AUGGCCAUGUUGCUCAAACUACCGACUCUAAUUGCGCAGUUCUUACUAGCAACAUUUGUAACUUGGAUCAUAUUAACCACCUCAAUUCCACAAGUAUUGAUCAACUACACAAAUAUUCAAGUCAAGACUAAUCGAUUCUUAAGUGACCAAUAUCCGCAAAAUUCAAUAACAUUUCCCAAAUCAAUAUCAUCAAUUACAGAAUCCACUGUAUAUUACAUAAUUGGGCAUCCUGAUGACGAAGUUAUGUUCUUUUCUCCUACAAUAUUGGAAUUGUCAAAGCCAAAAUACAACAACACGGUUAAACUAUUGUGUUUUUCUAAAGGAGAUGCCGUUGAUGAGUCAAUGGGACCCAUCCGUGUCAGGGAGUUGUACAAAUCGGCCGGUAUACUAGGAAUUGGUGAAGAAGACGUCACGGUGUUGAAUUACAAAGAUGGGAUGGAUGAGUCGUGGCCAGUAAACGAUGUCCACGAUUCAUUGAAACAAUACAUCGAUUUGAAAAGUAAAUCAAAGCAGGUAUUGAUCACGUUUGAUGAGUUGGGAGUCUCCAACCACCCAAAUCAUAUCUCGUUAUACCACGGUGCAAGGGCAUUUCGCAACAACUCAAUCAAGGACAAUGUCAAAUUGUACAAGCUAAAGAGUUUAGGAUUUUGGGAAAAGUACAGUUUUACAUUUUUGACAAACAUCGAACUAUUUGUUGGUUAUGUCUCUACACUCAUACAGAGGUUCGUACCGGUCAACAUUACCGUUAGCUUUUUCGAACCAAAAAAUAGUUCAACAUCAAUCAAAAUAUAUUCCGAUUUGAACAUGCUUGCCUGUAGUUAUGCAGCUAUGGGGUAUGGGCAUUUCAGUCAAAUGGUGUGGUUUAGGUACGGGUGGUUGAUGCUAAGUAGAUACCUCACAUAUAAUCAUUUGAUAGAAGUUAUGAAUUAA